GUGGCUGCGCGCGGCGCUCGGGAAGGACGACAUGGCGCGCGAGCUGCGGGCGCUUCUGCUGUGGGGACGCCGCCUGCGGUCUCCGCUGCAGGCGCCGGUGUUGGCGGCCGCCCCGGGAGGAAAACCGGUCCUGUGUCCCCGGAGGACCACAGUCCAGUUCGGGAGCCCCGGGCGAAGCCUGGCCUCGUGCUUUCACGCCACGCAGCCGUACAGCACGCAGGCGGCAGAGGACAAGGCAGAGGCCCUACACUCCAUCAUAAGCAGCACCGAGGCCGUGCAGGGUUCCGUUUCCAAACACGAGUUCCAGGCUGAGACAAAGAAGCUUUUGGACAUCGUUGCCCGUUCCUUAUACUCAGAGAAAGAGGUGUUCAUACGCGAGCUGAUCUCCAAUGCCAGCGAUGCUUUGGAAAAACUGCGUCAUAAACUGGUGUCUGACGGCCAGACGCUGCCAGAAAUGGAGAUUCACUUGCAGACCGACUCUGAGAAAGGCACCAUCACGAUCCAGGACACUGGCAUCGGGAUGACACAGGAAGAGCUAGUGUCCAACCUGGGAACGAUCGCCAGAUCGGGGUCAAAGGCCUUUCUGGAAGCGCUGCAGAACCAGGCCGAGGCCAGCAGCAAGAUCAUCGGCCAGUUCGGGGUGGGUUUCUACUCGGCCUUCAUGGUGGCCGACAGAGUCGAGGUCUAUUCCCGCUCCGUGGCCCCGGGGAGCCCGGGGUACCAGUGGCUCUCAGACGGCUCUGGUGUGUUCGAAAUCGCUGAAGCUUCAGGAGUUAGAACCGGAACCAAAAUCAUCCUCCACCUCAAAUCCGACUGCAGAGAGUUUGCCAGCGAGGCCCGGGUUCGAGAUGUGGUGACAAAGUACAGUAACUUCGUCAGCUUCCCUCUGUACCUGAACGGAAGGCGCAUCAACACCUUGCAGGCUCUCUGGAUGAUGGACCCCAAGGACAUCAGCGAGUGGCAGCACGAGGAGUUCUAUCGCUACGUCGCUCAGGCCUAUGACAAGCCCCGCUACACCCUGCACUACAGGACAGAUGCGCCACUCAACAUCCGGAGCAUCUUCUACGUGCCGGACACGAAACCAUCCAUGUUUGACGUGAGCCGGGAGCUGGGCUCCAGUGUCGCGUUGUAUAGCCGCAAAGUCCUCAUCCAGACCAAGGCCACGGACAUCCUGCCCAAGUGGCUGCGCUUCCUCCGAGGUGUGGUGGACAGCGAGGACAUUCCCCUGAACCUCAGCCGGGAGCUCCUGCAGGAGAGCGCGCUCAUCAGGAAACUCCGGGACGUUUUACAGAAGAGGCUAAUAAAAUUCUUCGUUGACCAGAGUAAGAAAGACGCUGAGAAAUACUCCAAGUUCUUUGAAGAUUACGGCCUGUUCAUGCGGGAGGGCAUCGUAACCACUGCAGAGCAGGAGGUCAAGGAGGACAUCGCAAAGCUGCUGCGCUACGAGUCCUCGGCGCUGCCUGCCGGGCAGCUGACCAGCCUCGCGGACUACGCCAGCCGCAUGCGGGCGGGCACCCGCAACAUCUACUACCUGUGCGCCCCCAGCCGGCAGCUGGCCGAGCACUCGCCCUACUUUGAGGCCAUGAAGCAGAAGGACACGGAGGUCCUCUUUUGCUACGAGCAGUUUGAUGAGCUGACCUUGCUGCACCUUCGUGAGUUUGACAAGAAAAAACUGAUCUCUGUGGAGACAGACAUCGUCGUCGACCACUACAAGGAGGAGAAGUUUGAGGACGGGUCCCCAGCCGGCGAGAGCCUGUCCGAGAAGGAGACGGAGGAGCUGAUGGCCUGGAUGCGAAACGUGCUGGGGUCACGCAUCACAAACGUGAAGGUGACUCUGCGGCUGGAUACACACCCCGCCAUGGUCACCGUGCUGGAGAUGGGGGCUGCCCGGCACUUCCUGCGCAUGCAGCAGCUGGCCAGGACCCAGGAGGAGCGAGCUCAGCUCCUGCAGCCCACGCUGGAGAUCAACCCCAGACACACGCUGAUCAAGAAGCUCAGUCAGCUCAGGGAGAGCGAGCCCGACCUGGCCCAGCUGCUCGUGGAUCAGAUAUACGAGAACGCCAUGAUCGCAGCCGGGCUUGUGGACGACCCCAGACCGAUGGUAGGCCGCCUGAACGACCUUCUGGUCAAGGCCCUGGAGAGACGCUGACGGCCUCAGCCUGGGAAGUGUCUUCCAGGGAGGGGAGGAAGGACUGACUCGCAGAUGAGAACCUUGAAGUUUAUUUACCUAAAUUAAAAGGUAUUUCUUAAUCUA